AUGACCGCAGCGACCUCAUCUGUACCUGAUAUUGCCAGACCUUCCAUGAAUGCAAUGAAAAGAAGAAGUAUUAUCAUCCCUCAACCAGCUAACCAUCGUAAACUUAAAGAUGCAGUUAAAAAAAUUGUUGAUGAAAUAUUAGAACUUUUCAUUGAAGCUCAACAAAUUGGCAAAGAUGACAAUGGAAUUACGAAUAUGAUUUUGGACCAUACUAAAAAGCGAAAUACUAAUGCUGUAGAAGUCCUAGAGUGGUUAUUAUGUAAUCAACAUACUCUGCAAUACAAAACUCUCCUUGGUUACUUUUAUUUACAUGACAUUGGAACAGAAAUAGAUACAAGAAAGGCUUAUGUUUUGUAUCUCGCAGCUGCAAAAAAGGACUAUCCCAUUGCUCAAUAUUUGCUUGAAAUGGCAAUUCAUUAUUAUACUAAGGCGUCCAAACUCGGCCAUGAAAGUUCACAAGUUGUACUGAAUAAGCUCUUGAAGGCAACCAGUUCUCCUCCUUCAUCGUAG